AUGGAAAAUCUAAAUUUCACUGAACAAAAUAGCUCAAACCUCCAAGACAUGAAAUGGCAUAGCGUGGAGUAUCAAGUGGUCACUAUUUUCAUGAUGGUUGUUAUCUGUGGACUUGGGAUUGUUGGCAACAUCAUGGUGGUUCUGGUGGUUCUUAGGACUAAGCACAUGAGGACUCCUACCAACUGUUAUCUUGUGAGCCUUGCCAUAGCUGAUCUAAUGGUCUUGGUGGCAGCAGGACUUCCCAACAUCACCGAUAGUGUCUAUAGCUCUUGGGUCUAUGGAUAUAUGGGAUGUCUGUGCAUUACUUACCUUCAGUAUUUGGGCAUUAAUGCUUCAUCUUGUUCUAUCACUGCUUUCACCAUUGAAAGAUACCUUGCGAUCUGCCAUCCUAUCAAAGCUCAGUUUUUAUGCACUAUUUCUAGAGCAAAGAAGAUCAUUGUGUUUGUUUGGGUCUUCACGUCACUCUACUGUAUGAUGUGGUUUUUUCUACUUGAUCUCAACACAAUCGUCUACAGAGAUGCUACUGUCGUGACCUGUGGCUAUAGAGUCAACCGCAGUUACUAUUCUCCGAUCUAUUUGAUUGACUUUGGUAUAUUUUAUGCUGUACCAAUGACAUUAGCCACAGUGCUUUAUGGACUUAUUGCAAGAAUACUGUUUCUAAACCCCCUACCAUCUGAUCCAAAGGAAAACUCAAAGACCUGGAGAAAUGGCUCGACUCAUCAGAAGAAGGUUUACAACUCCAAAAUGUCCAGUAGGUGUUCUAAUAACACAAUAUCCUCCAGAAGACAGGUUACCAAAAUGUUGGCCGUCGUGGUGAUCCUAUUUGCGUUUCUGUGGAUGCCCUACAGGACGCUGGUCGUUGUCAAUUCGUUCCUGUCCAUCCCCUACCUUGAAAACUGGUUUGUUUUAUUCUGCAGAAUUUGUAUUUACCUGAACAGCGCCAUCAACCCUGUGAUCUACAACCUGAUGUCUCAGAAGUUCAGAGCUGCUUUCAAGAAACUCUGCAAGUGCAACAAGAAGCGAACAGAGAAGCCUGCUAAUUACGGGGUGGCUCUUAAUUACAGCGUUAUCAAGGAAUCGUCUAACGGGGGAAGUCCAGAUCAUUUCAGCACGGAGCUAGAUGACAUUACUGUGACAGACACCUACUUGUCUGGUGCAAAAAUGUCCUUUGAUGACACGUGCCUGCCUGCAGAUGUUACCUACAGAAGUACAUAG